AUGUCGAAUGCUCAACACUGCUCCUUCGUCCUUCUCGCGGAAUUCGACAUCGACCGGGGAGCGCAACUGACAUACCAAUUCCCGCAACCCUUGGGGACCGAUGAAGGGCUGCUCGCCAACUUGAUGCUCCCAGACGGUGCCGAGAAGCAACUGGAGGACUGGACUAUAUUCUUUCUCAAUCAGACACCAUUCAAUACAAUCGCACCCGUGCUCGCUCUGGAGGCAGAUUCAGACGGUGUGGGUAAUGGGGAUGACCAUACUGGGCUCUUGUAUGUCUUGAAUCUGGUAAGGACCAAGCAUGACAAGACAGUACGAAGGGGGGCAGUCGUGAAAGCCAUGGCUAUCUGCACUAGACAUCCCUUCAUCCAGAUUUUCAAGCCCGUAUUAUUGAUGGCCCUUGACGACUACUUCGCUGACCCUUCCCAAGAAUGCCUUGCUCGCCUGUUCGACGCUAUCAAUUCCAUGGACAUGUCCGGAGCACCGACACUUUCCCGCUACGAAAAGCUCGUUAUGCGGACUUCCGAACGCAAAGAUAUCUUCGCUGAGAAGUUUGUCGCUCAGAAAGCGGAACUAACCCCAUCAAGUCAUGGCCCCGCUAAAGCUCAACAUCGCAAAACUCCUUCCUGGGAUUCUCAUUCUGACUUCGAAGACAGCUUGGUCACCCGGAGCCGUGAGUCGGUAGACAGAGACCGGUCCAUGCAAGAUACCACUGUGACCAAUGCUCACAGGGAGCAACACAGUCAUACGCAAGGGCAGUAUUCUCCUACGGAUACUUCCUUUGGCAGUGCAGUCUGGGUAGGUGACGAGAGUGGGCUGGAUCAAGUAUCGCAAAGCAUUGGCAUGACCACGAGCAACGCAAAUUAUGCUAGCGGCAGUGGGCGCGGGCGACGUUCAACCGACGCUUCGUCAAAUUCGUCUCACGGCUUUGCUUAUGGUGUGCAGGCCGCGAGCGCGACAAGUUAUUUCCCCGCAGGAGGGAUGGUUAAAGAUACGCAUUUCUUCCAGACGUCGAUAGCUUACAAAGGCCACACUCUCCCCAUCAAGAUGCCCCUCUCCACUUUCCCUGAAGAAGUUGGUGACUAUUCCCUCAUCCAACUUAUCCAGACCUUCUCGAGCCCCAUAGCGACUGUAACUGGACCUUUGCAUCCGCACCUUCAUAAUAACGGCAGUCUUACGCAUCCCAUCAUCGUACUCUUCAACGCCCUUAUUACAGGCAAGCGAAUAAUUUUCCUAGGACAUAACCGACCUGCUGGGCAGGUCUCGAGUUAUGUCCUAUCUGCCUGCGCCCUGGGCUCCGGUUCUGGGUGUGUCUUGCGAGGGUUCAUAGAGCGAGCAUUCCCAUAUGCAAAUCUUACCAACAAAGAGGAAUGGGAGUCCAUUCCAGGAUACAUAGCCGGGGUCACGAACCCAAUCUUCGAACACGGCAACUCUUGGGAUCUAUUGUGCGACGUCGGUACCGGUCGGAUGGUCGUAAAUAAAGAUAUCCAUAUUAGCUGCCCUGUGAACACUCAAAGCUCCUUGAGUCCUCCAUUAAUUAUGCGCACCGGCACCCUGAAAGCAGAGUCCUCCAUUGGGAGCGAGGAGGAUAUCGCGCGAUCAGGGAAAGAAGCCAAGGAUGGUCAGAAAAGCGAAAUCGUUGCCAAGGCUGACAGCUCCGAUAAUCUCUUCAUUGAGGAUAUUAUCUCUGCGAUAUCGUAUCACUUCGGAGAAGGACUCGUCCGGGCCAGGUUUAUGGAAUAUGUCAGCCGCUUCGUUCGUCUCGCCGCUCGAUACGAAGAGGAGGUUCUAGGACCGACUAAGAUAGGGUACCCGAACAUACCUUUUCGAGACGGCCACCUAGGCAGUGGCAUAUCUUUCAGUGAUGAUGCGGCAGCUAUGCGCGAGUUGGCAUCGAAUGCCAAUCGCAUCGAGGGAUGGAGGAGAACCAAUAGUUAUCACUAUUUCCAGCAGGACUUCGAUAGAUCGCUGUCAACUGACCCCAUACAAGGAUUCGAUGUUCUCCAUCAAAUCUGGCGGUUCCGUCUCGCAAAAAACAUGUCAGAUUCUGAGGUGGACUUGAUCAUGCGUACAUUAGUGGAAAAUGUGCGGACGUAUGACCAGGUUGUAGAGCUGCUCUCUUUUCUCCCUCCACAUCACGGGGGAUUAUUACCUCUGAGCUUUGGUCUCUUCCACCAACAAGAGAUAAUACGAGAACUGACCGUAGAGCUGUUCAAUCAGCUGCGCGCACACCCGGUUGGGUAUCAGUUCUUGCAGGCCCUCAAUCACUUCCACCGAUACGCUUACGUUCGAUUAGCCCAUGCCAAGGACUCACGUCAACAACAAAGGGAACAGAAUUCAUUGUAUCCACCAGUCUCCCUUUUCAACUCACGCACGCCCUCGAAUCGCAGCGAGUCCAGCCUAGGGGGAUAA